AUGCCCAAGAAACUGGACAUUGAGAUAGAGCUCCCCGACGGGUCGCUGGGAACUAUACACAUAGAAGAAGGUGACGACCCUGAAGCUUUGGCGCGGCUCUUUGUUGCGGAGCGGUGUAUCAGCCAAUCCUAUGUGAAGCCACUGACAGCGUUCAUCCAGGAGGCCUUGGAGCGGAUCCCUGAUCACACCGUUGAAAAGCCGAAGCGCACUGUAGAAAGCAUGAAUGAGGCAUCUACUCGUCUUUCUCGUCCUUUCUCCCAUCAACUAUCCCGGAUCAAUGAGCAUACCGAUUCACUCAGCUUUUGUACACAUCUGCAGCAGCAUUCCACUGGGAAGGGCCUAGCUUCUGCAGGUCAUUGCAGGUCAGAGGUGUUUACCAGACUGUACAAUUCUGGAGUGUCAUCCAUGAAGAAACGGCAGGCACUGUCAGAGCAGACCACAGAACAACAGGUUGCAAAAUGUAAGGUGUCCACUCGGCCAAAUUCUGCCUCAGAGCGGCUAUACAGGCAGGCACUAGAACAACACGCUCGUAUGGAACGGAACCAAUUAGAGCAGAAGCGCCUUCAGGAAGAGCUCCCAGAGGAAUGUACCUUUAAGCCUGCAAUUCUUAGCUACUCAAAACAGUUAGAUACCAAAGACCACGUUAUCCAAAGGUUGACAGUUAAUGCACCAACAGCACAGAAAACAAAACUAGAUCGCCUCCAAAGACUGGCUGAGCAAGAAACACUGAAGGAAUGCACCUUUAAACCAUCAUUAUCUACCACGCAAGAGAAGGCCAUUUCCAUUAAGGCCCAGUAUAAGAUUGACAUCAAAAGAAAUGGAACCAGUGUACUAGACAGACUGACAGAACCUCAUACUAAGACGCACAGUAACAGUAUUCUUUUCGUCCCAACCGCCCCACUUUCAAGGCCAGGGAAGGCCUACAAGCAUAUAGGCCACGAUCCAAAGGAAAGGCUGCUUUAA